CGCCCCUCGCAGCAGCGCAGCGCGGGCCCGCCAAGAAGCUGCGGAGCACUGGGCGCCAUGGCCGACCCGAUGAGCCGUGAGAAGCUAGGCCGGAGGCCGGGGCAGAGAAAACUAGACCUUUUGCUAAUUGGAGACGCCACAAGAUACUUCCUGUCUAGCUCUGUACAGAAACUCCUUUCCAGCACGGCGCAUGUCACCCUGACCAUUUGCGAUGUGAAGAAGGUAGCUGUCUUUUUGGCUGCAAAGACAUUCGACAUAAUUUUCCUGAAGGUGACUUCCACCUUAACUGCAGAGGACCUGGAGGCCGCCAAGUUAAUUAGAUCUCGAAAGAAGAAAAACACAUGUUUGCUGUUUGUGUUUGUAAUACCUGAAAAUUUUAAAGACUGUAUUUCAGAAUAUGGAGUGGAUAUAAGUUUUACUGAGCCACUGACCUUGGAAAAAUUGAACACAGUGGUAAACUACUGGAGAGCAUUCUUCACAGAUAUGGAUGCGGAAAGCGUCGAGAGCCUUCCAGAAUGUAGACUGCACCUCCAGACUGCCUGUGCUGAACUCGGGGGACACUUUUCUCCUGAUCUGGUUCUUUGCUCUGAGCGGCUGAAAACUGACCCAGAAGUUGAAGUGAAGGCCCCAUUGCCAGGUCCCGAGAGAAGCAGAAAGACCUCCACUCUUCACUCAAGCAAAGAAAAGCUGAGGAGGGAGCGCAUCAAGUUUUGCUGCGAGCAGCUCCGCACUCUCUUGCCGUACGUCAAGGGGAGGAAGAGCGAUGUGGCUUCAGUUAUCGAGGCGACGGUUGAUUAUGUGAAGUACGUCCGGGACAAUAUGUCUCCAGCCGUCAUGGCCCAGAUUACAGAAACCCUCCAGAGCAAUAAAAGGUUCUCUAAGAAGCAGAUGCCCAUUGAGCUGUUCCUGCCACGUGCAGCCACGGCACAGAGGAAAGAUGGUGUGCUGGCAAGCGCGUACUCAUCCGUGCGGGAGAUCCUGGCUGAUCAGUGCUUGAAUGUGUGCUCCAUGCCUGCUGCAGGAGGAGGACCCUUGGAGGAAUCUGGAAGAGGUCAGCCAAGCUCUGCUUCAGAAAGCCCUGUUGAGGAUCUCUAUACAACGCGAGUCCCCACGCUCUCUCUUAACUCCUUCCAUGCUGUCAGAUAUUGUUCUGGGCCUGUCCGUCCCCAUGAAGCAGCUGCCAGAACAAAUCAGAACAUUUCUAUCUAUUUGCCAUCUGCUGUGUCCAGUGUCUCCAACCUCCUCUCUCAGCACUGCAAUUCUGUGCUUUGCCAAACAUGCCCGGCCAAUCCCAAUUGCCCGUGUACUCCAGGCCAUGAGCUUCCAGCCGGUCCUCGAGCUACCUCAUCCAGCAUCUUCCGUGGGUCCCAAGAUGCAAACUCAGAUCAUCAGACUUCUCAGCAACUGCUUGGGCCCGCUGAGCCAUCUCUCCAGCGUCAAGAAAACAAUUACUUUUAAGAAAAGUAAAUAUUUGGAAACCUGUAGAUUUAGUUGCCUGAGACUCCAGUUGGCUUUAUGAUCUAUUUCAUGAUACAGAAAUGCAUUUGUGACAUUGUUAAGAGUGAGCCAGCCUUCGGUUAAGGUGUGCCUCUCCCUCCUCUGCAGCAACAGUUCGGGGCAUGCUAACGCUCCAUGCUUGAGGUUCAUGUUCUAGACCACAUGCUGGGCACAGUUGCUCAGUUCAGGAAGAAGGGACAAAGAAAGAUUUUUGAAAGCUGCCGGCCCUGGCUUUUGAUGAAUGUGCUAGAAUCUUCCAAGAUACGUAGAAAGACAGUGGAUGGCAGUGAUAGCCUUGUGUUCCCAGGCAUCUUCAUCCAUGCAAGCAGCAGCAGCCCGAGAGACCCACGGACAUUCAUUCUACCAAAAACCAUUGUUCGCUUUGUGACGAUCAUGCUACGAGGAAGACCCAUGUGGGUGUAAAUAGCCAGGCCUAGGAAGGCAUGUCGAUUCUCCCAGGCCACCAAGCACAGAUCCUGCAGCCUGCUUGCUUCUGUCACUGACUUCUAGUUGACAUCUUUUCUAGAUUUGGCAUUUUAGAGAGACGUCUUCUUCAUUCGCCACCCAAACUAAAAUAUCCGGGGGGCUAUGGAGUGGUGCCUGCCUUUCCAGUGGGUGACUGGCUGCAUUAAUGCGCUUUUGGCUGCAUUUUGCGACCCUAUCAGUGGUAUGAGAGCUAGGAGAGGCGUUUAUCUUGCUGGAUCUUUAUUUACAGACCCACAGAUUUCCGCUUUGUCCUUUCUCCCUACGCGGUGUUAGAGCAACUGUCGUAAACGGGGAGGUGUGGUUGUUUUAUACUUCAUCAAAAUGUUCUUACACAGAAGUUUUACUGUAAAAGUGUUAAGAUUUACCCUGUAAUCCAUUGUUUUGUUUAAUAAAAUGUUUUCUUUUUAAUAACA